AUGUCAGUCGUUACAAUGCUGCAGCCCGCUUCGCGAGCCUCAACCUCGACAAACUCCUCCUUUGAGCCUGUCACCCGCCAGAACACUUUCUCCAGUCAUGAUGGCGCCCGGUCUCUGCGCCAGAGCAAGCGCGUAAGCAUGACGGCGCUGUAUGCCAGCAUGAGCGCAAAGGACAAGGACCUGGAGAUCAGCGAUGACCUGGCGAGAGCACAACGUACUCUCCGGGAUCUCAAGGCGAAGAUCUCCAGCCAGUCCAAGAAGAACUUUGUGCUCGAGAAGGACGUUCGCUAUCUUGAUUCACGAAUUGCGCUCUUGAUCCAGAAUCGGAUGGCUCUAGAAGAGCAAAAUGAAGUCGCCAGCCAUCUUGAUGAUGCAGUCGACCUGCAGGAAGGCUCGUUCCCGAAUGACGAGAAGACACAGCGCUACGGCAACCUCUUCUUCAUGCUGCAGUCAGAACCCAAGCACAUCGCUCACCUGUGUCGCCUGGUCACCAUGGCCGAAAUCGACUCCUUGUUGCAGACUGUCAUGUUUACCAUAUUCGGAAACCAGUAUGAGAGCAGAGAAGAGCAUCUGCUCCUGACCAUGUUUCAAUCAGUGCUCACGCAUCAAUUCGAGACGACGCCGGAGUAUUCCUCCCUACUCCGACAGAACACCCCGGUCUCCAGGAUGAUGACCACCUACACCCGUCGUGGUCCUGGGCAGAGCUUUCUGAAAGAAGUUCUCGCCGAGAAGAUCAACUCCCUCACCGAACUCAACGAUGUCGAUCUGGAAAUCAAUCCUCUCAAAGUCUAUGAAGCCAUGGUAAAGCAGAUCGAAGAAGACACUGGCGUUCUUCCGGACGAUCUGCCCCGGUCUGUGACGGCUGAAUUCGCGGCAGAGAAUGUCCAAGUACAAGCGAUUAUCACCCCGCGACUCAAGAUGCUGACAGAUAUCGCUGAGGGAUUCCUGUCCGCCAUCAUCGAUUGUCUGGAAGAUACUCCCUACGGUAUUCGAUGGAUAUGCAAGCAGAUCCGUAAUCUGUCUCGACGGAAGUAUCCUGACGCCCAAGACCAGGCAAUCUGUACGCUGAUUGGAGGUUUCUUCUUCCUUCGCUUCAUCAACCCGGCUAUCGUCACACCAAAGUCAUAUAUGCUGAUCGAAAGGGUGCCGGAAGACAAACCCAAACGAACGCUGACAUACAUUGCCAAGAUGCUCCAGAACCUCGCCAACAAGCCAUCCUAUGCCAAAGAACCAUACAUGGCCAAGCUGCAACCUUUCAUCCAGCGCAACAAAGAUCGCUGUAACAAGUUCAUGUUGGACCUGUGCGAAGUACAAGACUUUUAUGAAAGUUUGGAAAUGGACAACUACGUCGCCCUGUCCAAACGCGAUCUCGAAUUGAACAUCAGUUUGAACGAGGUUUAUGCUACUCAUGCUUUGCUCGAAAAGCACAGCACCGAGCUUGCCAAGGAUCCGUCCUCUCAUCUGGGAGUCUUGCUCCAAGAACUAGGCCAGGCGCCUCCACAAGUCCCUCGAAAAGAGAACCGGACCGUCACUCUACCACUAUACAGCCGGUGGGAGACUUCGUUCGAUGACUUUACACAUUCGUUGGAUAUCACGCAAGAAGAAAUCUUUUUCAUGGAAGCAAAGAGCACGUUCGUCCAAAUCAUACGAAGUAUACCGCAGGCCACCGCUGUGAUACGGCGUCCGCUGCGACUCGACCGUGUUGCCGAAGCUGCAGGGACGCUGAAGAAUGACGCAAUCAUGGUCCGGAAAGGCAUCAGGUGUAUGGAGCUCCUGACGCAGCUGUCAGAGCUGGGCGUGAUUGAUCGUGCUGAUGACUAUGCUGUUCUGCGCGACGAAGUGGAACAAGAGCUAGCCCACCUUGGUUCGCUGAAGGAGAAGUGUCUGGAGGAGACGGCCAAAUUGGAUGACGUCUACAAAACCAUCCGGGAGCACAAUGCGUACCUCCUAUCCCAACUCGAAACCUACAAGAACUACUUGCACAACGUUCGAAGCCAAUCGGAAGGUACCCGACGUGGCAAAACAGAAAAGGUCAAGGAGUUGGGACCAUACAAAUUCUCUCACGCCCAGCUGGAGAAAGACGGCGUCAUCGCCAGUAGCAAUGUUCCCGAGAACAGGAGAGGUAAUAUCUUUUUCAUGUUCCGCAGUCCCUUGGCAGGUACAUUUGUCAUCAGUCUGCAUUAUAAAGGGCGAGCACGUGGUCUUCUAGAGCUUGACCUGAAGCUGGACGAUCUGCUUGAAAUGCAAAAAGACGGCCAAGAGGAACUCGAUCUCGAAUAUGUCCAGUUUGACGUGUCGAAAGUGCUUACUCUUCUCAACAAGCGGUUUGCGAGAAAGAAGUAG